AUGUACUAUCAACUCCUCCACCUCCUCCUCUCCCGCCCCCUCUCCUCUUCCUCAUCCUACUCCUUCCACCCGUCCGCCCCCAACCAUGCCCCGCAACACCACUGGCAGCCGCCGCCGGCGGGACCUCCUCCCCCACCCAGGAACUACCAGCACCAGCCCCCGCCACCACGCUACGGCUACGGGGCUCCGCCACCUCCCCCACCGCGAAACAACUACGGGCCUCCAACCCAGGCGCCGCCGCAGCAUCAGUAUCAGGCGCCGCCGCCGCCGCCGCCGCCGCAGCCUGUGGCCGGGCCUGGGGAGCUGAUCGGGCUCGCGCGGGAGGGGCGGGUCAAGGAGGCGGUGGAGCUGCUCGACAAGGGGGCGCGCGCCGACCCGCACGCCUUCUUCGAGCUCGCCGCCGCUUGCGCCAACCCCAAGCUGCUCGACGAGCUCAGGAAGAUCCACGACUUCUUCCUCCGCUCGCCCUUCCGCGCCGACCUCCAGGUCAACAACAAGAUGCUCGAGAUGUACGCCAAGUGCGCCGCCAUGAACCACGCCCGCAGGACGUUCGACCAUAUGCCCGACCGGAACAUGGACUCCUGGCACAUCAUGAUCGACGGCUACUCGCUCAACGGCCUCGGGGACGUCGCGCUGCAGCUCUUCGAGGAGAUGAAGACCAAGUACGGCAUCGCACCCACCGCCCACACUUUCCUGCUCGUGCUCAAUGCUUGUGCCAACUCCGAGGCGAUCGAGGAGGCGUUCCUCUACUUCGAUGCCAUGUCCAGGGAUCACGGCAUUGAGCCUGGUGUGGAGCACUAUGUUGGGAUCAUUGAGGUCUUAGGGAAGUCAGGCCAUCUCAACGAGGCUGUGGAGUACAUCGAGAAGCUUCCAUUUGAGCCCAAUGCCAUGGUGUGGGAGUCACUCCUGAACCUUGCGCGCAUGAAUGGAGACAUUGACAUCGAGGACAGGGCGGAGGAGUUGCUGGUUUCGCUUGAUCCGACCAAAGUUAAUCCUAAGAAGCUCCCAACCCCAGCUCCAAAGAGGCGCCUCGGGAUCAAUAUGCUUGAUGGGAGGAACAAGCUGGUAGAGUACAGGUUGCCGCCCAAGAUUGAAAAGAAGGUGGUGAACGAGCAGCGAUAUGUCCCAGACACAAGGUAUGUUCUCCAUGACAUUGAUCAGGAGGCAAAGGAGCAGGCACUGCUGUACCAUAGUGAGAGGCUUGCGAUUGCCUAUGGUUUGAUUAGCACCCCAGCUAGGACUCCACUUCGCAUCAUUAAGAACCUCAGGAUCUGUGGGGACUGUCACAAUGCUAUCAAGAUCAUGUCGAGGAUUGUGGGGAGAGAGCUUAUCGUAAGGGAUAAUAAGCGGUUCCACCAUUUUAAGGAUGGGAAGUGCUCUUGUGGUGAUUAUUGGUGAACAUUGCUUUUGUUCAACUGAAUCCAAUGGUCUGAAUUUGCCAAUAUGGUGUAUUUUGCACUUAACUUUUCUCAUUAGGAUGGCAGCCAUCCUAUAUGAAUAUAUGUUGGCAGCCAUGCUUUUAGCACAUAAAAUUAUCAGUUAUGUGAUGGUAGUGUUAGUACGCCUGUUAUGCAUUCUCUUUUCUGAUCAUGAAGAUGAAUGUGAUGCUUCUAUCCUUGAUGG